AUGUCUGCUUCGAAGAUCAAGGUGGCCAACCCUGUGGUUGAGCUUGACGGUGAUGAGAUGACCCGUAUCAUCUGGAAGAAGAUCCGUGAGGAUCUGAUUCUUCCUUUCCUCGAUGUCGACCUGAAGUACUACGACUUGGGCAUCGAGCACCGUGAUGCUACCGAUGACAAGGUGACUGCCGAUGCCGCUGAGGCCAUUAAGAAGUACAAGGUCGGUGUCAAGUGCGCCACCAUCACGCCUGAUGAGGCUCGUGUGAAGGAGUUCAACCUUAAGAAGAUGUGGCUCUCGCCGAACGGUACGAUCCGCAACAUUCUCGGUGGUACCGUGUUCCGUGAGCCGAUUAUCCUCGAGAAGGUCCCGCGCCCGGUGCCUGGCUGGACCAAGCCGAUCUGCAUUGGUCGUCACGCUUUCGGUGACCAGUACCGCUGCCGGGACUUUGUUGUUCCUGGUAAGGGUAAGCUCACUAUCUCGUUCACGCCGGAGGACGCGAAUGCUGAGAAGAUCAGCAUCGACGUGUACGACUUCCCUGAGCACGGUGGUGUGGCCAUGGCCAUGUACAACACCACAGACUCGAUCGCUGGCUUUGCGCACGCCUGCUUCCGCAUGGCCAUUGACAAGAAGAUGCCGCUGUACAUGAGCACCAAGAACACGAUUCUGAAGGCCUACGACGGCAAGUUCAAGGAUAUCUUCCAGGAGCUGUACGACAACCAGUACAAGCCUGAGUUUGAGAAGCUCGGUAUCUGGUACGAGCACCGUCUUAUCGACGACAUGGUGGCCCAGGCCAUCAAGGGUGACGGUGGCUUCGUCUGGGCCUGCAAGAACUACGACGGUGACGUCCAGUCGGAUGUGCUUGCGCAGGGCUUUGGCUCGCUCGGUAUGAUGACCUCGGAGCUGAUCACGCCUGACGGUGACAUGAUCGAGAGCGAGGCUGCCCACGGCACUGUGACGCGUCACUACCGUGAGCACCAGAAGGGCAACGAGACCAGCACCAACUCGGUGGCCUCGAUCUACGCCUGGACUCGUGGUCUGAUCUUCCGUGGCAAGCUGGACGGCAACCAGGACCUGAUCACCUUUGCCAAGGCGCUCGAGGAGGCUUGUGUGCACAGCAUUGACGUGGACAACGUCAUGACCAAGGACCUGGCCCUCUCGAUUCACGGCAAGAACAUGAAGCGCUCGGACUACGUGAACACGUUCGAGUUCAUUGACCACGUCAAGAAGGUGCUGACGGACAAGCUCCAGGCCCAGGGCUUGUUCUCGCAUCUGUAA